AUGUCGGUCUACGAUCUAUCCUUCUCCUUUGGCAAGCCCGGUACAUACACCCUCGAUCAUACCGAGGGACAUUACAGCCAACGCAUGCCAAACCGCUACUACGAAUGGAUUGCCAAGCGCCCCAUCAAAGCAAUCAAGAAUCUAGCGUGUGAUGCGCACGAUAACAUCUUCAUGGUUUGGACUCCAGAUAAUCGCACGCUCGUGUGCAAAUCACAUCUUGACCCAAUUUACCUCCCACUGCAGCGAUUCCUCACUAAAGAAGGGGAUGUCAUCUGUCGAGUUCAAUUCGGCCCCGUGGUGGGAGAAUACUUCGUCUCGAGUGAAAAGACAGGAAAAUGCCAAUGGAUCUCUCAACAGCUGGACAGGGAUAUGGUAAAUGAAACUGGGCGGUUCAAGAUGUGUUCGCUGGGCAUUUAUGACACCUACGUGGCCAUUUUCGCAGAUGGCUCGGCGAAAUGGUCUCUCGGAGAUGAAUAUCCAGGACUUCUUAAGAUUCUCAAACGUAUUCAACAAGGUGAUCUCGUGUUCGUCGCUCUAAACCCCUACCGGGCGAAUGAAUUCUUCGUCGCCCUCGCUGAUGGAAUCGUGCAUAUCCGCGCCAGCGCACUUGUCGAGAAACACGUCCUGGACAUUCUGGCUCAGUAUCCUAACUUGACGGUAGUCACCAGCGAUGUCAUCAAGUAUAAUCGCACUGUAUCCGGGGACCAGGGACUCCUGACAAAGUCCCGGACGAAGGAUUUUGUCAAAUUCAUAGCUAAGAAUGUGGCCGGAGGGGUGAUUUCGUCUGCGGUGGCUGCUACCUUUUCCUGCACUGUGAUGUGA